AUGGGUCAAGAUGCAUACGAUCAUUGCACGGCUAAUCCUAAAGUGUUUAAGAAAUUACUUGAAGAUGCCGAAAAACCAUUGUAUCCGGGUUGCACAAAGUUUACCAAGUUAUCUACAUUGGUUAAACUAUAUAACUUCAAAACUACAAAUAGCCUAUCUCACACUGGGUUUUCAGACCUACUGACGUUGUUGAGUGAUAUGCUGCCAUUGAACAAUGAAAUACCAUCAUCCAUGUAUGAGGCUGGGAAGACGUUUGCUGCAUUGGGAAUGGGAUAUGGGAAAAUACAUGCAUGUCCAUAUGAUUGCAUACUCUAUAGAAAAGAGUACAAAGAUACAACUUCAUGUCCUACAUGUGGUACAUCCAGAUGGAAGUUGAAGAAGAAUUCCACUGAAAUAAGAAAGGAUGUGCCUGCAAAAGUUUUAUGGUAUUUUCCAUCUAUCCCAAGGUUUCAAAGGAUGUUCCAAUCAGCAAAAAUAGCGAAGGAUAUGACAUGGCAUGCUCACGAAAGAGAUUAUGUUGGCACAAUGUGUCACCCAGCAGAUUCUCCAUCAUGGAAGUUAGUAGACCACAAGUGGCCAGAUUUCAUUGCAGAGCCAAGAAACCUUCGAUUAGCUAUUUCUACAGAUGGAAUAAAUCCACAUAGUUCCCUUAGUAGUAGGUAUAGUUGUUGGCCAGUUAUAAUGAUUACCUACAAUCUUCCACCGUGGUUAUGUAUGAAGAAGAAAUUUAUGAUGUUAUCAUUGUUAAUAUCAGGUCCACAACAACUUGGAAAUGACAUUGAUGUUUACUUGGCACCACUAAUUGAUGAUUUGAAAAUGUUGUGGGAGGUAAGUGUUGAAGCUUAUGGCGCUUAUAAAAAAGAACACUUCAGGCUAAAAGCUAUAUUGUUGUGGACAAUUAACGACUUUCCAGCAUUAGGUAAUUUGAGCGGUUGUACUGUAAGGGGAUAUUAUGCAUGUCCAAUUUGCCGUGAAGGAACAUGUUCUCACAGAUUAAAAUAUGGUAAGAAGAACACAUAUGUUGGCCAUAGAAAACUUCUUCCACGCUAUCAUCCAUGUUGGAGGCAAAAAAAGGCUUUUAAUGGUGAGCAAGAGUUUGGAUUAGCUCCAAUACCAUUAACUGGGGAGGAGAUAUUAAAUAAGGUUGAAGGGCUUGUAACCAUAUGGGGAAAGAAAAAUAAAAAAACAUUACAUGUUGGUGGUACAAAAUGUUGGAAGAAGAAAUCAUUAAUCUUUGAUCUUGAAUAUUGGAAGUACUUACAUGUUCGACAUAAUUUGGAUGUUAUGCAUAUUGAGAAGAAUGUGUGUGAGAGCCUCAUUGGUACGUUACUUAAUAUUCCAGGAAAAACAAAGGAUGGAAUUAAUUCUUGCCUUGAUCUUGUAGAAAUGGGUUUGCGUGAAGAACUGGCACCACAAAUUAGGGAGAAGCGAACAUACUUGCCUCCAGCAUGUUACACAUUGUCUAAGGAGGAGAAAAGAAGAGUAUGUACAACAUUAUUGGAAUUGAAGGUUCCAGAAGGACACUAUUCAAAUUUGGGAGUCGUCAAAGUGGUGGAUGUGGGAAAAUUAGAUGAGAUUCAAAAAGAUCUUGUGGUGACAUUGUGUUUGCUUGAAAAGUACUUGCCACCUUCAUUCCUUAAUAUCAUGGUGCAUUUGACAGUGCAUCUUGUUAGAGAAGUUCGACUUUGUGGACCAGUUCACUUUAGAUGGAUGUGCCAAUUUGAGAGGUUCAUGAAGAUCUUAAAGGGUUAUGUUCGUAAUCGUAAUUGUCCUGAAGGUUGCAUUGCUGAAAGUUACAUUGUAGAAGAAACUGUUGAGUUUUGUGCAGAGUACUUAUUUGGAGUGGAUGCAAUCGGGAUUCCUUCUAAUAGGAACAUGACAGAUAAUGAUGAUAUAGAAAUUGGAAGGCCUUUACUGUUGAUCGCAGUGAAUGGGAGCAAACACAUCGUUAUGGCGCAUAUGGCUUGGUUGAAGCUGAAAUAUCAUCGUCAAUCACAAAGUCAAAAAUGGCUACAAAUUGAGCAUAAUAAAACAUUUAUGUAUUGGCUUCAUGAAAAGGUCUCAAAGGAAUUAAGUGGCCAAAAUAAUAUCUCAAAUAACCUGAAGUGGAUAGCACAAGGACCUCGAUUGGAUGUUAUAAAAUUCCCUGGCUAUAUCAUCAAUGGUUGUCGUUAUCACACAAAAGAUCAGGAUAACUCACGAGUUAGCCAAAACAGUGGAGUUAGUUUAGUGGCAACAACAAUGCAUGUGACAGGUUACAAGGAUAAGAACCCAGUGUUUACUGAUAUGAGUUACUAUGGAGUUAUUAUUGAGAUAUGGCAACUUGACUACAAUAUGUUCAAGAUUCCGGUAUUUAAGUGUGAUUGGGUUGACAACACAAAGGGAAUUAAAGUAGAUGAGUUGGGUUUCACAUUAGUUGAGUUAGGGAAGAUAGGCCAUAAAGACAAUCCCUUCAUUUUGGCUUCCCAAGCUAAGCAAGUUUUUUAUGUACAAGAUCAACUUGAUCCGAGAUGGUCAGUUGUGCUAGAACCUCCUCAAAAACAAUAUUCUUGUGAAAAGGAUGAUGAGUUCAAUGAUUUUUGUAUAGAACAUCAUGGCUUUACAAAAGUUUUGCCAAAAGUUGAAUCAUUAGAUGUGGUUGAUGAUUCUAUGUCAUCUUACAUGCGAGGAGAUUGUAAGGGAACUUGGCUCGAUAAUCCAUGA